GGUCCUUACGAAGCUGACGCAGUGGGCGGCCCGGCACGGGCGGGGGCGGCCCCUGCACGGGCGGAGGCGGUGUUAGAGAAUCGGGGGGCCGCCAGGCCCCCGGCAUGGAGGCGGCGGCGGCCUUGGGCCUACGUCGCGGGCGGCGGCGGCGGCGGCGGCUGAGGUGGCUGAUCUGAUAAGCAUUCCAGGGUGGAGAAAAAGUGACAGGUUUGACUUUGCCAGGAUUACAGUGAAAAAUAGCUUGCCUAAAGAGAUGAGGCUGUCAGAUUGGCACCACUCAGCUACAGCUGCAAUACUCCUUUCGCAGGCACCACGCCGCCCUUCCCUGUGCCGAGUGGGAUUUUCAAUGGCUGCAAGAAGAGUUUGCUGUUCCUUCCUUCACUCGUGAUGCCUGUCUCCGUGGAUAUGCACUGUUCCUGCAGCACCCUGAUGGGAGAGAAGGAUGUGCAGCAGCUGGGAGGUGAGUGUUGUGCCUGCUGAAACCCCUCAGACCCACUAGCCAUGCCAGGGAUUGUCGUGUUCCGCCGCCGCUGGUCUGUAGGCAGCGAUGACCUGGUUUUGCCAGCAGUCUUUCUCUUCCUCCUGCACACCACCUGGUUUGUGAUCCUCUCUGUGGUGCUCUUUGGGCUGGUGUACAACCCCAACGAGGCCUGCUCGCUCAACCUGGUGGACCACGGCAGAGGCUACUUGGGCAUCCUGCUCAGCUGCAUGAUCGCAGAGGUGGCAAUCAUCUGGCUCAGCAUGAGAGGCAGUAUCCUGUACACAGAGCCUCGGGACUCCAUGCAGUAUGUGCUCUAUGUCAGACUGGCUAUCCUGCUGAUUGAGUUUGUGUAUGCUAUCGUGGGCAUCGUUUGGCUAACACAGUACUACACUUCCUGCAAUGAUAUCACAGCAAAGAGUGUCACUUUGGGAAUGGUGGUGUGCAACUGGGUUGUCAUCCUGAGUGUCUGCAUCACUGUCCUGUGCGUCUUCGACCCCACGGGCCGGACCUUUGUCAAGCUACGUGCCACGAAGCGGAGACAGCGCAACCUGAGGACGUACAACUUGAGACACCGCCUGGAAGAAGGACAAGCCAGCAGCUGGACACGCAGACUCAAGGUUUUCCUUUGCUGCACAAGGACAAAAGACUCUCAGUCGGAUGCCUAUUCAGAAAUUGCCUACCUUUUUGCUGAGUUCUUCCGAGACCUUGACAUCGUCCCAUCUGACAUCAUUGCAGGCCUGGUUCUUCUGCGCCAACGGCAGCGGGCAAAGCGCAACGCUGUGCUGGAUGAGGCAAACAAUGACAUUUUAGCUUUUCUGUCUGGGAUGCCAGUGACCAGGAACACGAAGUACCUGGAUCUGAAAAACGCGCAAGAGAUGCAGCGGUACAAAGAGGUGUGUUACUACAUGCUGUUUGCCCUGGCUGCCUAUGGCUGGCCCAUAUACCUGAUGAGGAAGCCCACAUGUGGACUCUGUCGCCUGGCCAGAUCCUGCUCAUGUUGCUGUCUGUGUCCUUCACGUCCCCGCUAUGCACCUAGUGUCACCAUUGAGGAGGACAACUGCUGUGGCUGCAACGCCAUUGCCAUCCGCCGCCACUUCUUGGAUGAGAACAUGACCUCGGUGGAUAUUGUCUACACAUCGUGCCAUGAUGCGGUUUAUGAAACACCUUUCUAUGUGGCUGUGGACCAUGAUAAGAAGAAGGUGGUCAUUAGUAUCCGAGGAACUCUGUCUCCAAAAGAUGCCCUGACAGACCUAACUGGGGAUGCAGAGCGCCUUCCAGUUGAGGGUCACCAUGGGACAUGGCUGGGCCACAAGGGAAUGGUGCUAUCUGCUGAGUACAUCAAGAAGAAAUUGGAACAAGAGAUGGUGCUUUCUCAAGCUUUUGGAAGAGACUUAGGGAGAGGAACAAAACACUAUGGCCUGAUCGUGGUUGGUCAUUCCCUAGGGGCUGGCACAGCUGCCAUCCUGUCCUUCCUCUUGCGUCCGCAGUACCCAUCACUCAAGUGCUUUGCCUAUUCUCCCCCAGGUGGGCUGCUGAGUGAGGAUGCCAUGGAGUAUUCAAAAGAGUUUGUGACUGCAGUCGUGCUUGGCAAAGAUCUAGUGCCCAGAAUUGGACUCUCUCAGCUGGAGGGAUUUCGCCGGCAGCUUCUGGAUGUUCUUCAGAGAAGUAACAAACCAAAGUGGCGCAUCAUUGUGGGGGCCACAAAGUGCAUCCCCAAGACAGAGCUGCCUGAAGAGACAGAAGAGAACUCAGUCACGAGUAACCGCCUCUGGACCCACCCCAGUGACCUGACUAUUGCCCUGUCUGCAAGCACACCCCUGUACCCACCAGGCCGCAUCAUCCACGUGGUGCACAAUCACCCUGCAGAGCAGUGCUGUUGCUGUGAGCAAGAGGAUCCCACUUACUUUGCCAUCUGGGGUGACAAUAAGGCAUUCAAUGAAGUGAUCAUCUCGCCGGCGAUGUUGCACGAACACCUCCCAUAUGUGGUCAUGGAAGGGCUCAACAAGGUCCUGGAGAAUUACAACAAGGGGAAAACAGCUUUACUUUCUGCAGCCAAAGUGAUGGUGAGUCCUACAGAAGUGGAUCUCACCCCAGAACUGAUCUUCCAGAGUCAGCCCUUGCCCAGUGGCCCUUCAGUGCAGAUCGGAACUGGAGCCGUAACAACGGACAGAAGGAACAGCAGUACUAAGAGCAAAUCCCAUUCUGAGAUCAGCUUGGAAGGCUUCUAUGAGACGAAGCCACUUUCCCCUGUGCAGAAAGACCCCGUGGAGCUGCUUCUCCUGGACACAAAGGAACGUCUGUCUGUGGAGCUGCAGGACCGCCGUGCCCCUCUUGCCACCAUGGAGAGCCUCUCAGACAAUGAAUCCCUCUACAGCUUUGAUUCCAGGCGCUCCUCUGGUUUCCGGAGCAUCCGGGGCUCUCCCAGCCUCCAUGCUGUCAUGGAGAAGGAUGAGACCCACUGCUUUUAUAUAGACCCUGUUAUCCCUGAGGAAAACCCUUCCCUGAGCUCCCGGACAGAGCUGCUGGCUGCUGACAGCCUCUCCAAGCACUCCCAAGAGACUCAGCCCCCUGACAACGUGCUCAACAGCGGUGGCACUACCCCACAACGACGCUGCAGUGAGGAGGGAGCCAGCAGCGAGGGGGACCGUGUUUCCUUACCCCCUCGUGAGGAGCUGUCCCUCCAGAAUGGACGUCUCACUGAUGUUCCCAGUCCCCAAGUGCUGGAAUUUGCUGAGUUCAUAGACAGCCUCUUUAAUUUGGAUAGCAAAAGCAGCUCCUUCCAGGACAUCUACUGCAUGAUGGUGUCAGACAGCUCCAGUGACUUUGCAGAGAUGCCCAAAUCUGUUAGUGAUCAAGAGAUCCUGUUGAGGGCACAAUAUGAACCCAACUUAGUCCCUAAGCCCCCGAGGUUGUUUGCAGGCUCAACAGAUCCUUCGUCGGGCAUCUCUGUGUCCCCCUCUUUCCCCCUUAGUUCAUCUGGAGAACUCAUGGACAUCACUCCUACAGGUGUGAGCAGCCAGGAGUGCCUGGCCACUGAGAAAAUCCGGACUUCCACCCCCUCUGGGCAUGUAACCAGCCCUGCCAAGCAGGACGACCUCAUGAUUUCAGCCCUCUAGUUGCAGGGUAAAAGGGGUGCAGCUCUGAGAGCUGAUCCCAUAGGCUGAGUGCUGGGAUAGUACUUGGAGGAGGAGGAGGUGGUCAUGGGGCAGUUCAGAUCAGAGGAGACAGUUGGAAAUGUUCCUUUCUGGGGGUGACACAGUGGUGGCACGUUGGUGUCUGGAGGAUGGGCUAGGAGAAGCAGCUUUGCCUCACAGGGUCUGCUGCAGGGCUUGAGUCUCUAAAGGUAGAUGGAAGUUCCCUACCCCAGCCUGUCUCAUGGCAUUUCUGAGGCAGAUUCCUUGCCUCAGGGCACCUGCUGAGUUUGGGAGUGACAUAUCCUGCUUCAGGGAAUCCUCUGGCCUGAAGGGGUGGAUUCUCUGAAGCUGAAGGAUUGAAUAGAUUGAGGGAGCCAGGCCAGAUCCCCGCCUUGGUACCAUGUCAGUGGGUUUGGAAAUGAAUGGAUUGAGACUUUGGGCCCUAUUGCACUACCAGGUUGGAUCUGGCCCAAGAUCCAAUCCAUCCCACUUCCAUAGGCAUUGCUUUUGUAGGACACUCUCCUGUUCUAAAGCCAUUGGGGCUAUAUUCUCCCCACAUGCAGUCUCCCCUCCCCUGGCCAGGCACAGCAAGAGCAGGGCUGGCACUGUGCUUUCUCUCCCCUGACUCCUUCUGUGUUCAGUGACCAUCAGGCUGCUGCUGAGAGGGAAGGACACUGUUCUGAAGAGCCAAAGCCCUCUGCACGUCCCUCCUUUGCCAGAAAGAGUUCUGGAUGUCACCACCAUCACUUCUCAGCUCCCUGGACCACUCUGAGCUGGCCACAUUCCUGCAGGCCUGACAGGAUCCUCAUCUAGGAGCUGCAUGGAUGGAUCAACUUCAAACAACAACAGGCUUCUCAACACCCAGUGUUAUGUGCCAGGCCCUUGUGGAGCCUGGGAGCCUCUGCUGGGUCCUCACACCACCCAUAUGCCAUAAUCACAGAGCAGUGUCAGCCUCUGUCAUUGGGAGUUCAGGGGAAAGAUGGACUUUUACAAGAGUAUUGAAAAAUUACAGGAGUAUUGCAAAAAUACUCUUUUUCAGUACAAAAAUUACAAGAGGAUUGAAAUCUCUUGUAUGUUUACAGAGCUGCUAAGCUUCUUGGAAGGUAUUUAUUAAGCAAACAGGGAGGCUUUCCCUCAGCUUAAAAGCGUGUUCAUCCUCUCCUUUCCUGUGCUGUUGCCUCUGGGAUCCAAGGGGAUAGAGGAUGGGCAGGUAAUGAUUGCAAGUCCUCUGCUUUUCAAGUGGCUCAGAGCCUGGGGGGAAGCAUUGUGCAUCCCUCACCCACCCUCCCUUGGCUGCCUCUCCAUUGCACACUGCAAAGCUUGACCAAGGUACCAGGAGAACUCCCUGAGCACUGCUGUGCAGAGCCUCAGGGCCUCUAGGAGCCUCCAAGACCUUCCCAGGCAGGGACUUGCCAAUGAUGGGAGCAGGAGAGAAACUACCUAUUGAGAGAGUUUAAACGUACUGUGACCUGUAAAAAGGCCUUUUGUUGGCACAAAACCUUCCUAUUCAAGCUCUGCAGUCAUCAAUCAGUCUCACUGGAGCUCUGAACUCCCUCACUGGAAGAGAAAGUCCCAUUUUAACUUCCUUGUAAUCACAGGGAUGUUCAUUGCUCUCCUUCCCCCUCCUUAGUCGUGAUCUUUCCACUGUGGGAGGAUGCUGUGCUUCCCAGGCUCAUGGCAAGCCUCUGGGCUCCUGUUACCCUUAUCCUGGUAUCCCACAGCCUUUAGCUGUGGUCACUGAGUAGUCUCUUGACUACUCAGCCAUGGGUCUGAGCUGUUCUGUCCUGGACACCACACAAACCGAGUGGCAUCAAAUGCCAUCGAGUCAGGACUGGAGCACUUUAUUUCCAUCAGUGCACACUGGUUACAACCUCAAGUGCAUGGAAAUGAACUGGACUUUGUGUCCAAAUCCCACAGUUUAGCCUGGGAUACUGUGUUCCUGAUCCUCACCCAUUACAGGGCCUUCAGAAGCACAGGGGCUUUGUUCAGUGGGCAGUAAAAUACUGUCCCUGGGGUUUAGGUCCCAAAGGUGACCUUUUCUCUACUGUCUUGAAUUAGAAGUAAGAAACCCCUUUGAGUUUCAAGUAAUUUCUAAGAGUAAAAUGCUUUUAAAAGCAAAACCAAGUUACUUUUCCUCCUUGUAGAUCCUUCAGGAAAGAGCAGUGUUGUUCCCUUUGCUGCGAGCUUGUUCAGGAGCUCCCCUAGAGCAGCUGUGUAAGUGCCAUCACAUCACCCACUCUUGCAGAGCACAGGGUAAGGCUGACUUGCUGCCCACACCCGAGGCACACUAAAAAGGUGGUGUCCAGGAAGACACACAAUAAACUUGGGGUGGUUUUGAGGGGGAAAGGGGAUAUUGUAGCAUCGGGAGGCUGAGGCUGGCAGGCUGGCUCUCCUCCUGAUGCAGACUGCUCACCCACGUUGCUAAGAGGAGGGGAAAGGAGUUAAUCUCUGCCUUUAAUCAUUGGCAGAAGAUGGGUAGGAAUCACUUAGCACUUAGGCAGAGCUUUAUAUCUGCAAAGCACUUUACAAAUGCUAAGGAAAGAAUCAUCUCUGGCCCUAGCAGUGAGGUGGUAGGAGAUGGGUUUCUCUGAGACUAGGUGGAACUACUGGUGCCCUACCAAGGAUGGUGGGGAGAUGCCUCAAGGUGAGGAAGGUGGAUUAUCUCCCUCUGGUGUUUCAGUGAUGACCUGAGGAUGGUUAAUGGGUUAUAAUAUUGCACUAGAAAGUCACUUCUGAGCUUAGGCAUACAUCCACAAUGUCCUGGAAGACACAGUCCUUGUGUGUGACUCUUUCCUUCUCUGUGCCAUUGGAACUGUGUCCCAAGGGAAUGGGUUUACCUUGCCCUCACCAGCUGUAGCAGGAAACAGCCUGGCAUGCUGCAUUAUUUGGCUUUGUGCUCUGUGGUUGUUAGGUUCCUACUGAAAAGCCUGGAAAACACCUAAUGCCUGUGACCUGGCCUUGCCAUAGAUCAAGGCAGUAAAGGUGCAAAAGGGCCUUAGUUAAAGGUCUUGUAUCACAUUAUGUGUAAUUCCUGGCUGCUUUGUUCUCUCUUGACAAACAGAUCUGUUCCCAAUCACAAGUAAAUCCAUGUUCUUGGCAUUAUUUCUGCUUUAAA